UCCUCACUUUGCACUCGCCUGUGAUUCUGUGCUCUCGUCGCUCGUUUCCGAAGAACGCUCUAGUCCCUGCAUCGUAACAUUCAGCGAGCCGGUGUACCCGUGGCUCGCGCGCCUGGCUCAGUACCGACAACGCGCCCGUAGAGCACCUGCAUUGUGUACCGCAGCGAGGAGAGACCUUCCACUUAUACUUAAUACCACCACUCGUCGCUGCCAUGGGUCGUCCAAAGAGAGGUAAAUAAUGCGCCUGCUACAUAAUGGCUGCCCUCCCUACUGUGUCAGCAGGGCUGGUCUUUGGAAGAACAUUCACUAAUGUUGCGCCCUGUUCGCCCCUUCACAGUUCUGUCGUUCAUGUCACAAUGGGGUGGUUCCAACCAGAAUACCUUGCAGAAGAACCCUCCGUCCGCUGGACCCUCGCCGGGCCCCGCGUCCCCCGCUCCGCCUUCACCCUCUACCAAGCAACCGGUAACUUCAGCCAACUUUGCGCAAUCCGCCACGGCUCUGGACACGUAUAACAACGAGCGACCCCCCUCUCGGGCAACUCAACGCGACCGUAGCGAUUCCCGAGCCUCAGUGCGCCCCAUGUCCAUGAUUCAAACAUAUCAACCGCCAGUCAUGGAAGUAAGCCAGGAUACACUGCCCGAGUUGCAGCGCAUCUUCAUGUUCCUGAACAGCCACUCGAACAAGCUGUACCAAGAGGGUUAUUUCCUCAAGUUCCACGACACCGACACUCGUGGCCGUCCCGCGCCAGAUCGAAGGUGGCAGGAGUACUUCGUCCAGCUCGUCGGCACCAUCCUCUCACUAUGGGAUGCGAGUGCGCUGGACCAGGCCGGUGGUGAGACUGAAGUCUUGCCGACCUUCAUCAACCUGACAGAUGCUGCGAUCCACAUGAUCCCUUCCAUGACCCUGAAAGACGGAAAGAAGCUCGACAACAUCCUCAGCGUUUCGACAGCGGCUAGCAACAAGUUCCUCUUCCACUUCGAUUCCUACCACGCGCUUACGCAAUGGACCGCCGGCAUCCGCCUCGCCAUGUACGAACAUACAACUCUCUCGGAAGCAUACACGGGCGCAUUGAUUGCUGGCAAGGGCAAGACGCUCAACAACAUUCGCAUGAUUCUGGAUCGGCAGUGCGCAAAGUACGAGGACUGGGUGCGCGUUCGAUUCGGCGCAGGCACCCCAUGGCGCCGCUGCUGGUGUGUUGUCUCUCCACCAGACGAGAAGGAAUACAUCAAACUGCAGAAGCUACAAAAGAAGGGCAGCGCUUACGAGCGGCCGCCAGUACUCAAGGGCGACAUCAAGUUCUACGAGACCAAGAAGGUUACCAAGAAAACAAAAGCCAUUGCCACUGUCAAGGAUGCAUACUCAUGUUACGCCAUCUACCCACAGUCGAAGCCGCUAAUCGAUCAGUCCACGCUGGUCAAGAUUGAGGGCAAGAUUACAAUACACUCCACGCCAGAAAGCACGACAGAAGGGUUCGUCUUUGUCAUGCCAGAAUCGCGUCCGGCUAUUUCAGGUUUUGAGAUUAUGCUCCAGUACCUCUUCCCUGUGUUUGAUACAUUUUCACUGUACGGACGCCCAAAGAAGUUGAUUGCGGAUGUGUUGGAUACUCGCGGUUUGAUGUUCGCCAUGCCUUCUGACAGACGGUACGGUUACUUGGAGAUGUGGGAUGUUGUGGGCUUGAUCAAUACCGAAGGCAGUGACAAAUGGUCAGAGCGCCAGUGGAGGAAACAAUUGAAGGACUUGACUUCAACACGUAUGAUGUCCGCAAACCAGGACGCUGAAUCGAUCUACAGCCGCGCCAGUCGCAGGAAUACCGUCAGCCGAGCAGGCUUCACACCACGCGGUCUACGAUUCGAAGACCAAGGUUCUGUUCGCUCUAGUCCGUCCACACGCCAGUCAUCGCCUACACGUAAAUUCCCCGAUUUUGAGGUACAAAAGCCACGUCGUGUUGGAACGGCUCCCGCAGCGAACCCAUUCGGCACUCCACGCCAUCAGCGAUCGGUAUCGGAGCAAGUCAAUGGACCCAACAACCAGAACACACCGUCGAGGUUCACGCGAGACGAAACGCCCUACGAAGACGAACGUGCGCCGACUCCUCCCCAGCACCGUGUGCUCCCCAGCUCCUCAAAUGGAGCAGUCCAACCUUACGACUCGGCGUCCGACUACGAUGAGAGCCCUAUCAAGGAGCCACAGAAUCUACCUCCACCUCCUGCAGAUUUGUCCGCUCCUCCGCAGGGUUAUGUCGAUCUUCCUCCUACUCAGGAGCACGCUGCCUAUCAAAAGCCGCCCAUUCGUCCCAACAUGCCUAUGGCGAAGCCAAAUCCUGCGGUCGAUUCUGCUACGCUGCAGCAAAUGGCUGACGCGUCACAUGGAUCGUUUCCAGGUGGCAUAGCUGGUGCAGGUGCAGCGGCAGCCUGGAGAAACCAGGACACUAUUCAGAGUAGGCGCAGUGGCGAAUACAACGGAUAUGGUGAUCAGGGGCAGUCUAUGUAUCUUGGUGUAAACUCAAGGCCACCUCCAUCGAACCAAAACUCUGGUAAUCGCCUAUCUACCAUUCCUGCAUCGCCCUACAUCGAGCACUCUGAAUUCGUCGAUUCGCCAUCAGGCUACCAGCCGACAGCUCCGCCAGUUCCAGAACAUAGUGAGUUGCCGCCGCAGCCCCCUACCCACGAGCUCCCUUACCGCCCACACCCCGAAAGUGGCGGUAUACCUCGUAAACCAGUACCAGGUCGGUCUCCCCUAGCCUCAGAAGAGGAUGACACCCUCUCGACCACUAGCUCAAGACUCGAUAGUUUACGAGAAGACGUAAUCGACCCCGAAGCUCUCGACGCUUUCAACAUCCAACCUACGCUGCACCGUCAGGCAAGCGCAUCUAGUAGCCGCUACGACGACGAUGCGAUAUCAACUUCUACACCAGACUAUGCCAGCAUUGCUGAAGAGGAGGAGCCUGCGCCUCCACCACGAAGGGUGCCCGAACGACGCACCGAUCGCCCUAGAAGUGGCGUCUUGACGAUGAUCGGAGAUCCCAAUGUAAAGCCUCCUUCGGAUGAAGAUCCGCAUGGCUACAAAUCCGUGCUGGACCCAGCACGAGCACCUGCAGCUGCAGCUGUGCCCAGUAUUGAUUUUGGCCCAACGUACGCUCUGGACUUUGACGGCAAGCGCCCAGGCACCAGCGGAACCAUGACACAGAUGUUGCACGACAACAGCGCCUCGCGAUCCAAAGAGAACCUUGCGACAACUCCGAACGAACAGAAUCGACUAUCGUUCAUCUCUGGAGGAAGCACACCAAACACGCCUAUGCACAUGCGUAGUGGUUCAAACUCUCCACAGAUAACCGACUCACGACAGGUCGCGUGGCAACCAGCUACAGCCUCACCACAGCAGCCAGAUAGACAGAGGCUGGAUCCUGAAGACUGGGUGAUGCACCGUGCGACUCAGCAGCAGCCUAUGAUGUAUGGACAUGGGAGAAGCAAGUCGCAUACCCCUCCUCCGUUCGGUCGCACGCAUUCCGGAGACUGGAGUCAAAUGCAACCUACUAUUGGUCGCACACACUCUGGAGAUUGGAGCCAGAUGCAGCCUCCUAUCGGCCGCACACAUUCUGGGGACUGGAGUCAAAUACGGCGUUCGCCUCAGGGUUCGCCUGGACCCGCUCGUCCACCUAGUCGCCCGUUGAGCCGUGGUGCUGACACAUUGCUUGAUCAACGGCCCACCACCUUAUCAGCUCGCGAGCAGGAACAGGUUGCUCGAAUGACGAACACUCCUCUUCUGGACUUGUCGCAAAACCCCAAGAAACUACAGAAGCCGCCUCCAACAGGACUGACAGGCUACAUCGAUCACCGUGAGAAGGAGAAGGCAGCUCAAAAGGCCAAUCGCCACAGCUAUACUCCGGCUAUGCAAUCUGAGAUCGAUAGGCGCACAUUGCAGAACCAACAGCGUCAAAUGAUGGAGGUUCAGCAACGCCAGCAGCAGAUGAUGCAACAGCAGAUGCAGCAGCAGCAAUUCGCGAUGGCUCAGGCUCAGAGCACCUAUGCGCCGAGUAUGAUGGGAAUGCCAACUGGCGGUGGUGCGCCCAGCGUUAUGGGCGCUCCUAGCAUGAUGGGUACCCCUAGUAUGAUGGGCACUCCUAGUGUUAUGGGCAUGCCUACCGGGCCUGGAACGCCGUCUGGAAUGGUCGGCAUGGCGUACUCUACGCCAAGCCAGAUGCACCCCAUGUACCAGCAACAGCAACAGCAGUACUUUCCCCAGACACCAACCCCACAGAUGAAUAUCCCUGGUGGCUGGAUUUCACCAGCGCAGACGCCGCAGGGCCAGUACUUCCCACAGUCGUCGCCGCAAGGCUAUGGCAACAUGGCUCAGCAGCAACAGCAGCAGAACCCGCCCACACAGGCCUACGGCGCAAGCUUCGACCAGGCGCAGCAGGCAGCCAAAUUCGCGCAGCAACAGGCUCAGGGACAGUACCGACGUUGAACAGAUGGAAUAUGAAAUUAGGAAGUGGUCGAGAUUAUCUCUGGGUCGAUUACAAUUGGAUUGAAGAGUAUGAGACGAGAUGCCAAUGUUCACUGUAUAUACUUUUGUGUCUGCAUCUUCUUCU